GCUAAUGUUGGUGCAUUUUCCAAUUGGAGCGACUGAGAUGGUUGUCACAUCGUAAUGGAGUGAAAGACGCGAGGGAAGGAUUGGGUUUUCGUGUGUACGAGAAGGAUGGAUAGUGUGAAGAGAGGAGAGCUGCAGCAGCAGCAGGCAGGCAUUUCUAAAUACACAUCAUAGUCGAGUGAAAGCUUGCAUUGCAUCGGUCUCGUUGUAUAUUUACGUGUGUGCGCGAUCUCCGGAGAGCUGAGCCUAAUUGGAAUUUCAGUUGGUGUCGAUGAUAAUAGUAAUAGUAACGAUGAUGUUGAUGAUGAUGAUGAUUAUGUUCAAGUGCGUUCGUCGCGAGAUCUAGUUGUUGCGGUUGCAAUUAGUGCAAUAACCAAGGUAACGAGAAACAAGUGCUGAGGCAAGCAGAAGAAUAGGAAAAGAGUGUGUAACAGAAGAAGAAGAAGACGAGAGAAAAAAAAAAGAAGACCGGAAUCCUGCGGGGUUAAAGAGAGCCGCAGCGGUGCAAAACUGUCAUCAGGGAAUCCUGCUGCAGACGAUGAUGAUGAUGUGACGGUGGUGGUGGUGGUGUUCUAUGCAGAAACAUCUGAACGACGACUGUAAACAAUCUCCGGGAUUGGCUAGAAGAAGAAACAGUUGCUGCAGAGAAACAAAACAUAGACUGUGUGUGUGUGUCUCCAUGGGAGUGUGUAUCAAGCAAGCAUCUGUCAGCAGCAGCAGUAGAGACACACCACAGCCCUGACACAGAUUGGCAGAAGGCCCCCCUUUACGAACACACAACCAAAAAAAAAAAAACAACCCCCCAAAGAGUGCUCUGAUAUUUUGUUUCAAUUUUUGUUUUUAGAUGCAAUCCAUCAGUCAGACAAAAUUAUAAUGUGCUCGAGGCAGAUCAAAUACAAAUGCUGCUGUGCAGAAUUAUGUACGAAAUUGGUUAACAACACAUAACUGCAAUCUUGUGAGAUAACGACAGAAAAAAAAAAGAAAGGGACCACACACACACACACAUAAACACAACCACUCAUCCAAAUCUCUUGCCUAUUUAUUAUUAUUAUUUCCAUCUGAUUCUCAUUCAUUUGGACUGUAACUCUCGGUGGUACACUCACAACGACAACAACAGAAACAAACAUAACAUUUUGAAUCAGUUAAAUGAUGUAUACGAAGGGCAAGGGCAAUGAGCCAAAAAUUUCCUGCAUGUACGACACCCCCUGCGACCCCACCGACUGCGACUACGAGAAGCUCUUCUGCCCCAACAAUGAGCUGUCAGAGCCACCGAAGAGUCGCAGCGACAGACUCAAGACUGGUCUGUCAUGUCAGGCUCUGAAGCAUGCCGUUGCCUCACUCCAUCGCACAGACGACUUCCACAAGGAGAAGAUUGGAUCCGGCUUCUUCUCCGAGGUCUUCAAGGUGACGCAUAGGGUUACUGGUCAGGUGAUGGUGCUGAAGAUGAACCUGCUGAGGUCGAACAGACGUAACAUGCUGAAGGAGGUGGAGCUGAUGAACAAGUUGUCACAUCCGAACAUCCUGUCGUUCAUGGGUGCGUGCGUGCACGAGGGUCAACUGCACGCCCUCACCGAGUACAUCAAUGGGGGCUCACUGGAGCAGCUGAUACAGAACAGGACGAUCGAUCUGCCACAGUCCACCAGGGUGUCGAUAGCCAGAGAUAUCGCACGAGGAAUGACCUAUCUCCAUUCGAUGGGCGUCUUCCACAGGGACCUCACCAGCAAGAAUGUGCUGAUCAGGAGGCAGGACAGCGGGGAACUGCAGGGAGUCGUCGGAGAUUUCGGAUUGGCCGCGAGGAUUCCGGAGGCGGGGAGCACGGUGAAACUGUGCACGGUCGGAUCUCCCUAUUGGAUCUCGCCGGAAUGCCUGAAGGGUCUCUACUACGACGAGAGGAGCGACGUCUUCAGUUUCGGCAUCGUCCUCUGCGAGCUAAUAGCGCGCGUCGAAGCGGAUCCGGACAAGUUGCCGCGCACCGACAACUUCGGUCUCGACUAUCUCGCCUUCCACGAACUGUGCGAGCCGACUGUAGAUCCGGACUUUCUGCAGCUCGCCUUCAGCUGCUGCACCAUCGAACCAAAGAGUCGGCCGAGCUUCCCGGAGAUCGUGCAGAGCGCCGGGAAGAUCCUCGCCGACAUCAGACAGCACGAGGAGACGGCCAAAGCGACGAAGACGGCGAGCAUCGCGAAGAGCGUCGAGCAGCUGGCGGCGCUCUCCUCGUCGGCGUCGGCGCAAUCUUCGGCGCCGCAGCACCGGAAGAUCGUUCAUCGGCGAUCGCUGUCCGAAGACGUGUCCGCGUUCUCGCCACUAUCGUCCAGAUAUUCGAGCAUGGAGAAGGCUCGGAAGCACGCGUUGGCGAUGUGCAGCCAGGAUCCGUACUACAAGCCGCGCACCACGAAUCCGUUCACCUCGCUGGCGCAGUACAGGGGCGUCAAGAAGUUCCUCGGAAACUUUUCGUGCUCGGAACUGUCCUCGACGUUCGUGGAGAACGGCGAGACGGCGCGAUCUCUGCCCGGCUCACCGACGCCUUCGCGGAAAGCCUCCUCGUCGCCGCACGGCAAAGACGGGUCGGCGUACGGCGGUGGAUCCGGCACGAAUCUAUCGGAUUUGGGCGCCGCCGUCGAGAGCGCGACGCCGAAUCUGCUGCGGAGACGAGGUUCGUGCGAGUCCGGCUUCUACUCGUCGGUGGGCGAGUGCCUUUCGCCGAACAGCCUAUGGGAUAGCGGCACCGCGGUCAGUUCGCUUCGUUCAUUGGACGAACUGGAACCUGCAGAGUUGCACGCCAUCUACAAACGCGCCUCCUCCAUCUACACGGACAGCAACGAGGACAUCUCCAGCCUGGCCGGAUCCGAUUGGGCGCAGGAGACAAACAUAUCAUCCAUCGUCGAUUACUUCGAGCGGAAGGGUUCCCGGCACACGUACGGCGGCGGACGAAGCGGAUCACGAAUCGCCGCCCUCCGGAAAUCCCUCGAACGACAAGGGGGCGUCGGUGGCUCCGCCUCCUCCUCCUCGUCGUCAACAGCAACAGCAGCAGCAUCGUCGACUACUGUAUCCGCCCUUCAUCCGAUGGGACCCGCCCCCCUUGGCUCCGCCUCCGCCGCCUCCCACCUGAUGCCGCAGCGCUCCAAGUGCACGCGUCUCGUACUGUGCGAGGGCGCCGUCCGCUCCAAGCUGCCCCUCUUCGACAAGAAGUAGUCAACUUGUUCCACAAUUAACUAAAACCACGCGAGUUUCUUCAUUGAAUGAGCGACAGAGAUUUAUAUAAAUAUAUUUAGAGAGAGAGAGAGAGUGAAAGAAAUGAAAGAGAGCGAAAGAGAGAGAGAA